AUGCCCGUCCCCAGUCUGGCAGGGCUCUGUCGGAGGGUCAUCUGGGACAACAUCGACGAGCUCUCCUAUGUCUCGACCCUACCAUACUUCAAGGUUCGCGAUAUCCUCAAACAGGUAAAGACCGCCUCUCAGCUGGCCGUCAUUGAGGAGUACUCACCCCAAAUCGUUGGCGAGGAUGCAGAGCUCUGGGAGGCGUUCUGCAGGAGGGACUUUCGGGUGCCCAUGAAGCGCGACCCUCGCGAGCCUGAGAACCCGCGAGCAUGGCGCGACGUGUAUGAGUUCUACGCUGAUGAGGAGCGCAAGAAAGAGGUGGAAGCAUUGGAGAAGCUCGGCGCUACUUAUGCCGACCUGAACAAGAUGAAGAUGGAGAACAAGACCGCCAUUGGCGACCCAAGAAAGCUCCCCAAGGCUCCCUCCGGCGGUGGCUUUGGCAGAAGCCGUGGAAAAGGCCCUGGCCCCGGCUCCGCGACUCUGACCUUCGGAGGUGGCGCAAGGACGACCAAUGCGGUCCAGAAAGCAAAGAAGGAGGCGAUGGAGGCGGCGGCAAGGAAGAGGCUCUCGGUCCCGAAAACGAUGAGGCCAACUGCGCAUCUUGCGAAGGUCACGAAGGCCCCCGAGUCCAUGAAGGCCGACUUCCGCAUUCGCGCGCAGCCCAAGUUCAUUCCUCCUCCUACUGCGCCCACUGUGGCCAAGCGACCGCGCGAGGAGGACGACGAGCGUGGCCAAAUGGAGGCCAGGCUUCUCGCUGCCAAGAGACCAAAGGUCCAGCCAAAGACUAUGAGCGACCAGGAGCUCAGGUCAGGCUCGUCCAAGCCGGUGGAGGCAACCAACUUGGUCGCCAAACCCAGAUCCGAGUUACACCCGUCCGCCAGUCCCAACAAGCCCAGAAGUCUCUUCUCGCGCCCACAGAGCGCCUCGAUCCCACAGAGCAAAGUCACAGUCAAGACUGUCGGCAAACCUGGUCCGAAUGCUGCACCCGAGAAGACCGCAAGUGCCCUCAAGACGAAGGUUGGCCACCCAGGAUCGGCGGCGACGGGCAACCCAUCCUCAUCUGCCGCGAAAUCCACUCCGCCACCAAAGCAGCAGCCCUCUCGCCCAGGAGUUUUGAGAAACAGUGCCCCAGCCCGUCAGGGAAACGAUUUGUCGCGCGCCGCCUCCCGGGUCGCAUCACCCGUGUGCGAGGAGUACAAGCCUAGUAGGAUUGUGCCUCCCAAGCGAGUAUCUCGUUCCUCUUCUGUCGCCUCGGACAUGUUCAGUUCCCCGGAGCCUGAGGCCCCGGGACCUAGUGGACGGAGGUCAUCCUUCAAGUCCAACAGCAGCAGGUCUUCGUCACCAGCUGCUCCCGCGCGGGCAAGACCUGCGAACCAACGAGCGGACACCCCACCUACGGCGCACGAGGCCAAGUCGGGCUCCCCUUCUAAGCGCAAGCCUGACGAGACCCCGGCCGCAGGCAACGGAGGAGCAGCGGCGCACCCGCCCGUCAAGAAGAAGAAAGUGGACAUCUUCAUGCGCCGCAAGCGCUGA